CGAUGACUAUUUUUGAAGUCGUGUCACGAAGCGCGACCGUGUGACCACUCGCGAUUGUGCUAAUAAGUCCAAGAUGGCCAGCGAGGUAAACGAAAUUAGUGUCCAAGCGGCUGAGAAUCUAACUGAGAACAAUGAAGCGAUCACUGGGAGAAUACCGUCGACGUCCGAGGGCAUGGUCCUUGCUUAUGGAAGCCUGAUAAUUAUGGCCAUUUUGCCGAUCUUCUUCGGUAGUUACCGAGCUGUUAAACACCAUAAGGAGCAGCAGCAACAGUGUAAAAAGAGUGGAGAACAACCGGAUACAAUGUCGCGCAAGGAGGCAGCAAUAUUUCCAUUUAUUUCUAGUAUUACGUUAGUUGGAUUGUAUGUAUUAUAUAAGAUAUUUGCCAAGGAGUUUGUUAAUCAAAUUUUAGCCGCGUACUUCUUUUUUCUUGGAAUUUUAGCCCUUUGUCAUCUUACCAGCCCAUUAAUCUCAUCGUUGGUGCCUGCUGCAAUCCCAAAAACCCAAUACCAUAUAUCAUUUACUAAAGGGGAAGGUGACAAAGUAGAACAUAUUAUUAAUUAUAAGUUCAAUCUCCAUGAUAUUGUUUGUCUAAUAUGCUGUUCGCUUGUCGGAACUUGGUAUCUUGUGAAAAAGCAUUGGAUUGCCAAUAAUUUGUUUGGCAUCGCAUUCGCAAUUAACGGAGUUGAAUUGCUACACGUGAACAACGUUCCAACAGGGUGCAUUUUGCUUUGUGGACUGCUGUUUUAUGAUGCAUUUUGGGUAUUCGGUACGGACGUAAUGGUAACGGUCGCGAGAUCUUUCGAAGUACCGAUUAAGUUAGUUUUCCCGCAAGAUAUAUUGGAGAAAGGACUUACAGCCAGCAAUUUUGCUAUGCUGGGUUUAGGUGACAUUGUCUUACCGGGUAUUUUCAUUGCCCUUUUGUUGAGGUUCGACAAUAGCUUAAGCAGGAAGACAAACGUGUACUUCUAUUCGACGUUCUUCGCUUAUUUCAUGGGGUUACUAGCGACGAUGCUUAUCAUGCAUUUGUUCAAUCACGCACAACCAGCUUUGUUAUAUCUAGUGCCCGCUUGUUUGGGUACUCCUCUACUUUUAGCGUUGGCUAAAGGAGAUUUGAAAGCGUUAUUUUCUUACGAGGAUCAUCCAGUUAAUACGACGCAAACGGAACAAUCCGCACAAACGCAAGUAGAAACAAAAAAGGACACAUAAUGCUCGUAUUAAUGUAAGGUGAUUAAUGUAAGAAAAAUUUCAGCAUUACGCUGUUAUCGAUUUAAAUUUAUCGUAUGUAAGAAAGAAAAAAUAAUAAUUUGUCUUGUGCUCAAGCUGUACAAUCAUGAAAUUUAAAAGUAUCAACAACAUACAAUGUUUGAUCAACAUUUCGUUAACAUUCGUACAUUUGAUUGAACUUAUAAUUCGUAAUUUAUUUUAUACUUCUGUCGUUUUCCAUUAAUAUAUGAGAAUAGAG